GACUGUCUGAUUUCCAAGUGUCACCAUGCUCCAAGAAUUCCUGUUAGUUUUCUUGGCACUGUCCUGUAUCCAGGCCAUGCCAAUGCCCCGACCUGAAGAUCCUAUGAGCCCUUCGGAACGUAUGUUUGCAGAGAAAUACUUAGACACUUUCUAUCAAAUGAGGUCAAAGAACACUUUCGCUGAAAAACUCAAAGAGAUGCAAAAGUUCUUUGGAAUGUCGGUGACAGGGAGGUUGGACUCGGACACCAUGAAGAUGAUGAAGACCCCUCGGUGCGGAAUGCCCGAUGUUGCAGAAUUCCGACAGUUCCCUGGGAAUCCCAGAUGGUCAAAAACGCAGCUGACUUACAGCAUUGUGAAUUACACUCCCGACCUGCGCCGCCAAGUGGUAGAUGACGCCAUCCAGAGGGCAUUUGGGGUGUGGAGUAACGUGACCCCGCUGCAAUUCACAAAAGUUUCCUCUGGAAAUGCAGAUAUAUUCAUCCGAUUCGGAGCACGCACGCAUGGAGAUUCCAACCCAUUUGAUGGCCCCAGUGGAGUUUUAGCUCACGCCUAUGGUCCAGGGCGCGGCAUUGGAGGUGAUGCCCAUUUUGAUGAGGAUGAAAGAUGGACAAGUUCUAGAGCAGGUUUUAACUUGUUUCUAGUGGCUGCGCAUGAAUUUGGUCAUUCUCUGGGACUUGAUCAUUCUACUGAUCCACAAGCGUUGAUGUUCCCAACCUACCAUUAUGUGGAAACCACAUCCUUCCGUUUGUCACAAGAUGACAUUAACGGAAUACAGUCAAUCUAUGGGAGAAGGCAAAAGGCUUAGCAACACGGCCUUGAUACCAGUAAAGUGCAAAUUUACUUGCUUUCAGCUUGGCCAUCAUUUCACUGCUAUAUAGAAGAACUAUAGUGAAUUCCAAAAUAAUUCUCUCUCUCUCUCUCUCUCUCUCUUUCUCUCUCUCUGUUAGUUAUUUUGGGUGGCCCUACUCUACUAUAGAGUCUGCCUGGUUCCUUGCUGCCUACCAUAGUUGCAUCUGUAGGAUUCAUUAACUAAGGCAUCGCCAUUCCAUUUCAGAACCACAAAUUGUCCUUUUGUUUAUAAACUAUAGGAGCCAAUAAAGUACUUUUUGAAGCAAUAAUUUAACAUCUGGUGUGCUACAGUGAACAUUGAAUUUUUCUAUAUGCUAUAACCCGUGGCACACAGUUACAGCACCUGCAAGGGUCAUUUGAUCAGAUUGGGCACUCCAUAGUGUAGAAGCCGCUGGCCCAGUCACUCCCAGUUAUGCCCAGACCCAUGCAGACUGCAGACCUGGUGCAAGAGCUGUGUAUUGUUCCAAGCAUUAGUAAUUGAGUUUUAAAGGAAUUGUUCAGUGUAAAAAUAAAUAUGGGUGAAUAGAUAGGCUGUGCAAAAUAAAAAAUGUUUCUAAUAUAGUAAGUUAGCCAAAAAUGUCAUCUAUAAAGGCUGGAGUGACUGGAUGUAUUCCAUAGAAAAAAAAGUCCAAUGGCACACAGGAUUGAUACAAGCAAGAUUGCCUUGUGUGUUUAAUGCGGAGUGCAACAUUUCUGGGUCACGCCCCUUUGUCAAGCAUACGGAACAAGUGUGCAGUGAGUAUAUAUAAAGAUUAACCAACAAGCAAUUAAAGCAUAACCAUCAUUCAAUUGAGUCAAUUAAAGUGGACCUGUCACCCAGACACAAAAAUCUGUAUAAUAAAAGUCCUUUUCAAAUUAAA